AUGGUUCAUUUACUAACAUGCCGUGCUCUCGGAGCCGAAGCAGAAGCAGGAGCCGAAGUCGAAGAAGAAGAGGCCACAAAAGCCGAAGCAGAAGCGGAAGCUGGUCCCGAUCGACGUCCAGACGACGACGAAGCCGACGACGAAGGAGUCGCCGAGGAAAGGACAUGUCGCCUGGUGCGGAAUCCCAUUCGAGACGUCGCCGCAGAAGAAGAUCUUCACGACGAUCGAGCAAACGCCGAAGCUCCCGACGCCGUUCCAGAAGAAGAUCGCGUCGUAGCCGCAGCAGCCGUUCAGCCUCACCUGGCGGCACCACGACGAAGAGAAGGAGGAGGCGUCGUCGCGGCAGCCGUGCAUCGAAACGAUCUGGCCGAAGACGACGAAUGCCGAAACGUAACGCUCGUGGACAAUUUGUGA